UUUAAUUUAAAAAUUUUUUUGGAACGCAAAAUAAAUACAAUUGUGACAAAAAACAAAAAAUUUUGAGAAAAAAAAGAUUUUUUUCUAAAACCUGGAACUUUUCAAAUAUAAAGAAAUUUUUGGAAAGCGUUUAUAUUAUAUAAAAUCGUUGGUGGAACUUUGAAAAUAGGUAUGACUUAAAGAAAAUGUGAGUCACACUUUUUAAAAACUCGAAAAUUUUCAUUUUGAACCCGCCAUUACGACAAAAUAAAUUCAAAAAGAAGUGGAAAUUAACAUUAUCGGAAAAAUAAAUGAAUAAAUAUAAGAAAAACCUAGAAGUUAAGGGAAAUAAAUUUAGAAAAAUAUUUUAAAUAAUUUAAAAAAUAAAAAAAAAUUUCAAACUGUGUAAAAAAAUUUUGAAAGUAAUUAUAAAAAAUUUCAAAUUUGGCUGGUUACUGUUCGUUGCUGCCCUUGGUCACUGAGAAAGUGGUAGAGAAAUAUUUUUGAAAUGCCAAAAUAGCGGUAUAAUUCAAAAAACUGGAGUACUCAAUGAAAAUUCUACAAAUAAAAGUAUUUUGAAAAAUGUAUUUCGAAAUAUUAAAUAACAAUUUGGAAAGAAAGCAAAUUUGUAGAAUGUAUGAAAGAUUAGUAAAUCGCAAAUGAAAUAAUUUUGGAAAAAAAUGUUGAAACAAUAAAAAAAAUAUUUUUCAAAAAACACUUUAGAAAGUUAAAAAAAAUAUAUAAAUAUAAUAUUUUCAAUACCUGACGAAAGCGUAAAAAGUAUUUAAACUUAUAAUUGACACUACUAAUUAAAAAUUAUAAGGAUAAAAAACUCCUCACUCAAAGGUUUCUAAGCAAAAAAUAAAAUUAAAAAGACUAUUUUAAAUAAAAAAAUAUAUUACAGAAAAAAUUGUUAAUUUUUGGCAGAAAAGUAAAACAUAAAAAUCUAACCAAAAUCAUAAAUAACUCUCACUCAAAAAUAACAUUUUGAAAAAAGACCAUGCAACAAAAAAUUUAACUGUCGGAAAAAAAUUUACAAAAAAAAUUUAAAAAAAUUAAUUAAAAAAAAUAAAUUUGUAACACAAAAGUACACACUGCAUAAAUUACCCCAAAAGAAACUUGGCACAGAAACGAAUGUCGGGUUUAUAAGAAACAACUGACCAAAACAAAAAAAGAUUAACCGAAAAUAUAUUCAAAUAAAAAUAGCUGUCGAAAACAACAAGCGACUGCAACAAAGAUACAGCCAUAAAAUACACAAAACAAUUAUUUUACCAGAAAGCAGAAAAUCACUUACAAGAUAUAUGUAAAACCUCUAAGAAAAGUACAAAAACAAAUUUUAAAUAUUUAAAACGAUUUAAAAAAAAAUUUAAAACAAUUUUAAAAAAUUAAAAUAAAUAAAAAAUUUAAAAGAACUAAAAAAAAUUUAAAAAUUGUACAAAUGAUUUUAAAAAAUUAAACAAAAACUUAAAAAAUGUAAAAAAAAUGUAAAAACGAGUUUAAAAACUUAAAUACAAACAAUAAAAAAAUAAAUAAAAACGUUAGAAAAUUAAAAAAAAAAAUUAUAUGAAAAAUUAUUAAUAUAAAAAACACUUAAAAAAAUAAUGAAGUUAAUUAUUUACUGGCAGACAAAAAAUAUUCGAACCUUGAAAACUCCAAUACAAAAAGCAAAUAAAGUCACAGCCCGAAAUGAGUUAAAUAGAAGACCAUUAAAGGCGAUCUUAAAACCAAAGUUUUGAAAAAAGGCAACACAUGAUGUCUCAUUUAAAACCUAAAUGUUUAUUUUCGCUCGAUAAACUAAAUUAAUUAUUAAAAAAAAUAACCAAACAAAUCCUAACUGAGAAUAAUUCAAACAUUAUUGAACAUAAUUCGGCCAAGCAGUGUGUAUUAGUUAAAACAAUCAAAAAUUAAUUGAGAACCGUCAGGCCUGUUAUUCGGUGUAUAAGCAGUGCAGCGAAAACUGAGGCAUACCUUUAGGCGCAGCAACAAGUGGAACCAACAAAAACAUUUUCUCUGUGUGUAGUAGCCAACCAACUCCAAAAAAAAUAGAAUAAAAAAAAAUAUAUAUCCACCAAGCUAACUCAAACUAUCCACAUACCCAUACAAAACCCACAAAUCAAAUAUUAUAUCGAACCCUACAUGUGUUUGUGUGUAUGUGUGUUUUAUAUGUGAAAAGUGGUAGCAUUAAACCCUUGUACGCCAACUAUAACUACAACAACUAUACAACAACUAAGAGCAGCAGCAUAAGAAACCGGCUGCCAACACAACAACAGCGUUCGGCUUGACACAACAAAAGGUAUACAUUUUCAGCUAGUCGGAAACCCACAAAUAAGCGCUUUCAAUUUGUUUUGCAUUGGCUUUUUGAGUCGCUUGUCGUUUGUUUUGUUGCCACCGCAAGUUAAGUGAAAUAAAUCAGUCAAAAUUAGUCCGCGUUGUCAACCGACGUUGCUGUCGCUGUCGCCAUCAUCACCGUUGUCGCCGUUGUCAUCGCCGACGCCACAACUAUGCGCCAUGUCAAAACUUCGGCAUUACAGGUCCAUAGAUCAGCCCUGCGCCACGACCAACAUACGCAAAAAGACCAUGACAGCGAUAUGCUUUGUCUGCAACCUGCCAAUUUUGUCGCACCAGGUGGGCCUGGUGUGGCAGGGUGGCAAUGGCUGGGACGAUAUGGUCAGAGAGCAGCUGGAGGAGUCUACCAUACGACAGCGUUUGGGUGGUCGACGCGACUCUGCGGCACAGAUAACCACGCCCCCUAGUACAUCACCGCCACCAGGUCUACAGCGUCGUCGGCGCAGCUCACUUGCGCAGCUCACCGAUAUUUUGCGCGAAUGGAGCGGCGGAGGCGCUGCCAAGCAGCCAACACAAAGUCAACGCCAAAAGGCGCAACUCAAUCGUCGCGAGACCUUAGCUGACCUGGCGCGCAGCCUACCAUGGCGCACCUCUACCACCGAUGCGUCGACUGGCCCCGGUGGCGGCACCACUUAUAUAACACCACGCAAACGUCGCGAGUCUAGCGCCGACUCGGGUAUACGCAGCAUGCGUUCACGUCGUGACUCGAACACGGCCGAGUUUGUGAAGCAUUGGAAUCGACGUGAGAGCACUGCCGCCGAGGAGCCCACUGUGGUGGUGCCGGUUGUCGUGGAGGGUCCCGGACGUAGCAGCUCGCGUCGCGGCUCGGGUGAAAGUUAUCUCUCGAGUCGACGCGACAGCAACAUUGGCCGUGCCACUACUCCGCCUCCGCCACCCAAGAUCGGUGGCAUGACCACCAAGAAACGUGAUUCGUUGGCUGCACCCGAUUUUCCCAACUUCCGUCAAGAGCAACGUCCUUCAACUAGUUCAGCUGGCUCUGAUUCAGUACCGUUAAUAUCUACUACCAACUACAAUCAGGUCGAUUCCGCUUGUCAAGCUCUACCGCCACCAACAAUCAUUACCAGCUCAGUGACACCGCCGGCCACUAGUCCCACCGCACCGUUGAAGGGACGUCGCGACUCGACUACGCAGUGUGGACGCGUUAAUCGUCGCGAUUCUAAAGCCGGUAUAUCACCGGAACGUGCGCCACGCUUGCAACGUCUGCAACGGCAAGCAACUGCUUUCGAUGAGAGCUGCCUGCCUGGCGGCAGUCGACGUGGCUCACAGCCGGCGCUUAGCCCCGAUCCGCCGGAGGAUUGCCCGGGUGCGCGCACGUCGCGACGUGAUUCGCUUAGUCCGGACAGUGCAUCUCGUGGCGGACGACGUGACUCACGCGCACAUCUCUCACCCGAUCGCAGUCACGAUCGCGACGGCAGUCCACGGCGGCAGACGCUGCGACGACAGAGCUCGUCGGCUGCGCGCAGCUCACGUUCUCCCGAUUCGAAUAGCUGUUGCUCGUCGCGUGAUCCAAGUCCUUGCUCGCGACCACCACCAUUGGUGUCGGCGGAGACGAGCUCGCGACCGGCAAUUCGUAGACAAUCUACCACUGAAGAAAUUUUGAUAGCACGUGGCUUUCGUCGACAAUCGACUACAGAGGAAAUGAUACGUUGCAGGAACUUUCGACGUCAGAGUUCGCAGAGCGAUGAUGUAUGCCGUUAUCGCGGUCGUCGCGACUCAAGCGCACAAAUCAUUGAUGGCACCAUCGGCACAAUGACGGUGGAGACAACUAGUACUUUUUUCGAUUCCAGCACUCAAACCGAACCCUCGCCAUUGUACGACAACAAUCACUAUCACGAGGAAUGCCUGCGCUGCAAUUCGUGUGGUCUAAAUUUGACAGGACCAAAUCAGAAGCGCGCUAGACGGUUCAAGAACCACAUUCUCUGCGACCUGCACUUCGCAGACGUUGCCCUAAUGGAGUGCUCCGAUUUUAUGCAACAGCUGAGAAGCUUCAAGCCACAAUCACUCGGUUGCGCCGUUGCGAGACGAAAAAGUUCAACAACGUUAAUUUUCCCGUUGCCGCCGCAGGCAUGUUCAGAUGAGUUUUGCGAAGAUUACCCCCACAAUCUCAUGCCCACACCUGGCUACUGGAUUGAAUGUUCACGUCAGAAAAUCACAUUACCCACACUGCAUACGAAUUGGGAUGAAAGCGACUCAGAGCACGAAGAUAUACGAGCGGGCAGCUCCAGCGACGCAUAUCUCGAGCGUGAAUGCAGCGAUCUCUAUGAGGACGAUGAGGACUCGGAAGCGACACCCAGUCCUAGGAAAAAGACAACAAUCGAGGAUCAAUGGGAUCAACAGGGCGCCUUCGAGCUCAUCUCCGUCGAACAAGAGACAUACGAGAAGUACUUUUACGGCACCGAGCACUGGAACUAUUUUACGAGCGAUGAGGAUCUCGGCCCCGUCAUACUCUCCAUCAAACAGGAGACACUGAAUGGACGCGAUCAAUUUCGCAUACUGGUACGCGCCGGCUCCUAUACGGUGCAUGGACUCUCUCUCUCACCCUCUCUCUCUCACCUUCUCUCUCACCCUCUCUCUUCUCUCUUUUUGUUGCCGUAUGUAUACGAUACAUUCUUGUGCUAGGUUUUUAUAAAAUCCGAGCUGAAAGUGGGUGUGAUUUAUGUUAAAGAGGAUCAAUUCUCCGAGGAGCAAAUUUUAGACAAUAACGAAAAUUCCAUACUCUUCGAUGAAUUCCUAACGUUACUCGGCGAUCGUGUGCGUUUACGUGGUUUCGAUAAAUACAAAGGUGGCCUUGACACGGUGCAUGAUUUGACAGGUCUCUAUUCGGUUUACACCAAUUGGCGUAACAUUGAGAUCAUGUUUCAUGUAUCGACGCUCUUACCCUACGAGAAGCAUGAUCCGCAAAAGCUACAACGCAAACGUCAUAUCGGCAACGAUAUUGUUUGCGUGGUAUUUCUGGAAGCGGAUAACACGCGCUUUAGUCCUGCCUGCAUUAAGUCACAUUUCCUGCAUACAUUUAUACUGGUUUGCGUCUCGGCUCGCAUCAAACACAAACCCACACGUUAUGAGGUUUCGGUGGUGACACGCGAUGAAGUCGGCGCCUACAAGCCGUAUCUCUGGGAGCAGUCGGUGUUCGAGAAGGGUACAAUGUUUCGCGAAUGGCUACUCACGAAAAUCGUCAAUGGUGAACGUGCCUCAUAUUCGGCGCCGAAAUUUGCACGCAUGCAAGAGCGUACACGCUCGCAAAUGCUUGAGGAUUUGGUGAUGAAUUUAUCGAAUCAUGCUGAGACCGGACAGAUACCGAAACCGUACCGUAGGGGCUCGUGGCGACCCAUCGGUCAUAUGCGUCCCUCUUCGCCGCUGCUGGAUUCGGUGCGCGAUCAGUUUGAAGACUACGAUCAGUUGGCGAAAGAUUUUACACGUGUAUUCUUAAACGAAGAACCGUCGUGCCUACAAAAUGCGCAUCUCUUCGAUGUAGUCUUCCUAGUGGGGCAGUCGAAGCAGAAGGCGCGUUUCAUAGGCGUACGCGCGAUAUUGGGUGUGCGCAGUCGUGUCUUUCAGGAAAUGCUUUACGGCAUACAGACCGGUUUUGGUUCGCCACAAAUACCAGUCGCCGAAAUUUUCGCACGCCCCGCACCCUCACUCGUGUCACCGCAAAAUCAAAAGCCGAAAAGCAACAACUAUCUCACAGUGCCCGAUUCCGAUUCGAUACGGCCGAAGAGUGUGCCAUCAUCGCCUAUGGUGAAGCGCGCUUUUAGCCGGCUGGGUACCAUCACCGCCGGUUGGGGUCGUUCGAUACGUAAUAAGAAUACGAAUCAACUGAAUCCGGAGGAUAAAAAGAAAUGGAUAUCUUCAACGGAUUGUUCCAAUCGAGACAGCAAAGACAAGGAUAAGGAUAAGCCGGGCAAUAAUCAGCUGGCCGUGCCGCGGCUCUCGGUGUGUGCCGAUGCACAAAAGGUCGAUCGGGCGAAGCUGGCGCAGACAGAGUUCAACAUCAUCGAGUUCGAUCCAGACACAUUUCGAGUGCUGUUGGAUUAUCUACAUACGGGCACGUGUCCGCUGACCUGUGUCUCCAUACCAGGUCUGCUAUGCGCUGCGGAGCACUAUGAUCUGCCCGAGCUGUUGCAGGCUUGCUUUCACCAUUGCAAACAGUUCCUGCGCAUCGAGGUUGUAUGCCCGAUGCUGAUUUCGCUGGAGAACUACUACUGGCGCUACACGUCCGCCUCCGAGUUGGUCAACAUGAUACUCUCCUUUGUGGAGAACAAAGCGCAUGCGCUCUUCAAAUGUCCCGAAUAUCUUAAUCUCUCCGAAUCGAUGGUGCAGAUGAUUAUGAAUCGAGAGUUACAAACACCCGAGAUACGCAAAUUUGAAGCGAUGCUAAUGUGGGCGAAAAACAAGGUGGCGAAAAUGAAAAAUCAUCCCAAUAAGGAUACACAAUUCGAGUUCGAAUGCAUUAUGGAACGUUUGACGCGCGAUCUCAAUCUGUGUCGCAUUUCACCGAGCGAACUCUUGACGGUGGUCUUGCCCUCGAAAGCGCUCAAAAAUGAACGCAUCAUGGAGACACUUAUGAUGCAGGUGAACCUAGGCACCUAUCGCAUGCAGGAGCUGGACGAGUACCGGCAGCAGUUGCGCAGCCAAGAAUCAGCCGAGGCGACGGUACAAGUGCAUCGGGGUGGAUGAGAUAGUAAGAAUGUUAGUUUCGAUUUCGAGCAUGGUGAAGGUGGUGGCGGUGGCGGCGGUGGCUGCGGCGUCGUCAUGAGGAGACGUACAAGUGAUGAUCGUGAUGCCGAUGGCGACGACGAAGCGGAAGACGAACACUAUGCACGUGCGAUCGCGAUAUCUGUGCGUGGCGUCUCCACGGAAACCUACGACGCAUUAGAUAACGAGGUAGAGAUGUAUGCGAGCUUUGAGGUCGCACCGAGUACGAGUCGUGUUGCGGCUCAAAUGCAAAAAUCGCGUCGUAAGCGUUGGGCGGCAGAUGGCGCAUCGGGCAGCAGCGAUGGUGGCGGUAGUAAUAGUGGUCGUAGGCACUAAAUAUGAAGAGUAGAGGAGGAUCGGUGGUUGGUAGUUGGUGGUAAGUGUAUUUGGUUUGUGGGCAGGUCACCUUGACAUUUUCAACGCUCUCUCGGGACUUAAGUUAGACAAUACUUAAAUCAAUGUCUCAUUCCUGAAUUGUCUCCAAAGCUUUAUAUAUCUUUGGGAUACACUGACGUUAUACUCUUUCGUUAAGCAGAACUUUGACGUGAUAUGAAAACACGCACAAUUUUGAAAUUUAGACAUAGUGAAUAUAUGAUUUCCAAAGCGUUCCACUGCCAUAAUUUGUAUUUCGUUUAAACUAAUUGCACAAAAAAUUGUUUUACAGGGAAAUUAAUAUACCCAGCAAAAUUUUCACGAGUUUGUUGCUUUUUAAUUAAAAACAUUCCAUUCCCACUUCGGGGCGCACAGCACUUUACCCGAGCUUUAAAAGUAUGAAAAAAAGUUUCUACUCACAAAUAUUAUGUGUUUCUUCACUAAAGAAUAGGGGGGUUUUCUCAUGUUUUUUUCUCUGUUAUGUGUCGAUUUCAUUUAGUUCCGUUCCAAUUCCAUUUCGUUCCACAUCGUGUUUAAGCACAUUUUAACCAUUUUAUCCAUGCCAGGAUUAUCCAUUACGUUACAGAGUUUAUUAAUUUUCGUUUCGUUCCUUAUUUAGUACAUUUUUCAGUUUAUUACGUUCCUUUUUAUAUAAUACAUGUAUGUAUGUAUGUACAUAUGUACAUACAUAUUAAUUUCCAUUGCAUUUCUUAUUUAAAUAUUGAGUUUCACAUUAUUUAUUGCUUUUUUUAGCCUUUCAACUUUUUUUAAAGGUGUUGAAUUAUAUUGUUCCAAUGCCACUUCGUUCCAUAACGAUUUUAAAAUGAUUUUCAUGACCUUUUGCAUUGAAUACAAAAGUUUUCUACAUGGUUUCGGUUUUCUGUUUAAUAUUUAACAUUUGUUCCAUUUCCUUUAAGUUUCUUAUGAGAUUAUAGUGUUUUUCUACGCUACAUAAUUUUUAUUUUCGCGUAUUUUUAUUGUGGAAGUGGUUGCUGCAAUUUUUUCCAUGUUCCACUCAAAUUCCAAUACGUUCCGUUCCGAUUCCAUAUCGUUUCAAUGCUUAUUUACAAUCUUAAGUGCACUUUAAAUGUAAACUGAAAUGUUUUAUGUAUUUUUACACAAUUAAAGAUGUUUGGUUUUAUUACAAUGGCGUUCUUCAGGCAUUUCAUAACAAUUUAUACAUACAUAUACAUAUUUUUUUUUUAAUUGUUAAUAAUAAAUAAUUUUUGUUUUUGAAUUAUUUUGACGAUAUAAAAAACAUGGGAUUUUUGUUUGGCACAUUACCACAAAAUAUUUUACUUCUUCCCUUACCCUCUAAUAUCCAUAAACUCUGUAUACCAACACCAACCACCACGUCAACUUUAAUUUAGCCGCAUUUGCUGUGCCCAACCAACAACUAUGCACAUUAAUAUGUAUACCCGCCUAACUGUAUGUUUCCAUAUAUGUAUGUGAGCGUAUAAAUUACCACGCAGUAUAUGUCAACCACCUAAAAGUAUGCUUUACUAUUCGAAGUAUAUGUAUAUGUAUUUGUGUGUCGAAAUCGAAACUAACAUGCCUUCAACUGUCACAUUCACCCCAUUGAAUAAAAACUACAUAAAUUUAUAGUAU